GAGGUGGUUCCAACUCUGCAGAUUGGUCGAGGAAGCCCUGAGUUGUGGCAAGGCCGGUAUAAAAGCUGAGCCUCUGCCAGUCUCUCCCAAGCACCACUCGGGUCCUCUUCUCCUCAGAGAACAGGAGCACCAUCCCAUUGCAAACCAAGAUGUCUUGCUACGACCUGUGCCCACCAAGAACCAGCGUGGCCGUCCCCCAGCCCAUCGCUGAGAGCUGCAACGAGCUGUGUGCCCGCCAGUGUCCCGACUCUUCAGCCUUCAUCCAGCCACCGCCUGUGGUUGUCACCUUCCCCGGCCCCAUCCUCAGCUCCUUCCCCCAGCAAGCCGUGGUGGGCUCCUCCGGAGCACCUGCCUUUGGGGGCAACCUGGGGCUGGGAGGCCUCUACGGUGCUGGGGCCACUCAGGCCUCGGGGGGUCUCUGCACCUUUGGCAGACCCUACGCUCCUGCUGCCUGCAGCCCUUUGGCUCUGCCCCGCUACACCCAGAGCCUGCGGAACUCCUGUGGGCCCUGCUAGAGCCAGCCCAUCUGCACCUUCACCCCCACAGGGGUGAAAUGCCAUGCACAGGCUCCUGAGGAGCCCUGAGCAUCCUCAUCCCUGCUGUGGCCUGGGCAGGCAGCUAUAUCACAUGCCCUCUGUUUAUCACUGUCAUCUUCUCCUGCCCUCUGCUCUUCUCACCAUCCUUCUGUUCUCAUUUGUCAUAGGGUACUGACCCUGCACCCAAAUUCCCUUUGGGGCUGCUUAGCUAAUUCUACAAAUCCGGAAUAUCAAGCCAAGGGGGCAUGCGGAGCCAAAAGCUAUGUCCUGGAAUAGAUGCCUCUGCUUCCCCUAAGAUGUGGCAGCCAAUUUAUCUUGGAUUUGUUCACUGACUCUAUGACAGUCUUUUCUGCCCCUGUAUGCACAAUAAAGUUUUCCUGCCUCUAA